AAGCGGCGUCACAUGACCAGCUAACGGGAAGAGCGUUUUCAUCAAUUGCCUUGUUUCUCUACUCGGUUAUUUCUCCUCCUAACACUUUUUAACUCCCAUUUCGCCUCGGUACACGGUGCUGAGCCGCGUCUGAAGGCCGUCAGCUCCAGUAGUUUGUAUUUAAAUGGACAAAAUGAGGUCGAAUCGCUGCUGUCACUCCAUCUUGUUGUGUUUUAUCUGCGUCACGUUCAGCUCCGGGCUGUUCGGUCCAUCUCUCCGGAGACCCAACAUUGUUUUGAUCCUUACAGAUGACCUGGACGUCGCUAUCGGGGGGCUGAAUCCGCUGACAAAGACUAAAAAACUCAUCGGUGAUGCAGGGAUAUCCUUCACAAACGCAUUUGUUGCCAGCCCUCUGUGCUGCCCCAGUCGAGCCAGCAUCCUGACGGGAAAGUACCCUCACAACCACCGUGUCAUCAACAACACCUUGGAAGGAAACUGCAGCAGCAGAGCCUGGCAGAAGAGCGAAGAAGGCCACACUUUCCCCGCCUUACUGAAAAAUUACGCAGGCUACCAGACCUUUUUCGCUGGAAAAUACCUUAACCAGUAUGGCCACUCUGAAGCUGGUGGAUUGGAGCAUGUCCCUCUAGGCUGGAGCUACUGGGUCGCACUGGAGAAGAACUCUAAAUAUUACAACUACACUCUGUCAGUGAACGGGAAGGCUCACAGACAUGGAGGCGACUACAACAUGGACUACCUGACUGAUGUGCUGGCCAACAUGUCGCUGGAGUUCCUCCAGUAUAAAUCCAGCUACCAGCCAUUCUUUAUGAUGGUGUCCACACCGGCCCCCCACUCCCCCUGGACAGCAGCUCCUCAGUACAAGGACCGCUUCAACACCACCAAGGCUCCCAGGGACCCCAACUUCAACAUCCACGGGAAGGACAAGCACUGGUUGAUCCGACAGGCCAAAACUCCCAUGACCAACUCCUCUGUUCAGUUUCUUGAUGAUGCCUUCAGGAAACGGUGGCAAACUUUACUUUCAGUGGAUGACUUGGUGGAGAACAUCGUGAAGAAGCUGGAGGUCAGAGGUGAACUGGACAACACCUACAUUUUCUUUACCUCUGAUAAUGGCUACCACACAGGUCAGUUUUCUCUCCCGCUGGACAAACGGCAGCUCUAUGAGUUUGACAUCAGAGUUCCUCUCAUGGUCCGAGGUCCGAACAUCAAACCCAACCAGACCAGUCAGAUGCUGGUGGCGAACGUCGACCUCGGCCCGACCAUCCUGGACAUCGCCGGCUACAAUGUCAACAAGACCCAAAUGGACGGCAUGUCCCUCCUGCCCAUCAUGGAGGGGCAGAUGAACCGCAGCAGCUGGAGAACAGACAUCCUGGUCGAGUACGAAGGAGAGGGGAGGAACGUUUCGGACCCGGCCUGCCCACUGCUCGGACCAGGCGUGUCGGAGUGUUUCCCAGACUGUGUGUGUGAGGAUUCGUACAACAACACGUACGCGUGCGUGCGCAGUGUCGCCCCCUCAGCCAACAUGCAGUACUGUGAAUUUGACGACAACGAGGUGUUUGUAGAAGUUUACAACGUGACAGCCGACCCCUACCAGCUGACCAACGUUGCAAAGACCAUCGAUCAGGAAGUCCUGGAGAAGAUGAACCAUCGGCUCAUGAUGCUGCAGUCGUGCUCUGGACAGUCGUGUCGGACCCCCGGUGUUUACGACCCAAAGUACAAGUUUAACCCCCAGCAGCUGUUUUCUGGCCACAGCUGGAGGCUCAGCAGACUGCGACAGACCAAGUAAAAACACCAGAGGAGGAAGGCCUUUCCUGCUGCUCCUCUGUUUUUGGGCCUCCUGAUCCGAGCCGGUCACUUUUCCAGAAGGAUGGAGGUGGGUCACCAUGGAGACUGAAGGUCCCUCUGGGCAGGUUCUCUUUUCAUGAGACGGAUGGAUUUACAGAAGCAGCCAUGACUCCAGCUCCAUUCUCAACAUAUCUGUUUCUGACGACGUUUACAAAGUUUUACACUUUAAAUUACUUUCAGUCUGCGACAGACGAGGGACAGUCUGGUCAACUUUGAAGGGAUUCUCUGUCAACCAGUUGUCAAAGAGCUCAGAGGAUUGAGAAGAGCCCGGUUUGUUUGCUAACAUUAAGCCUCACGUUAUUUUCUCCUUGAACUUCCAUGGACACGGAGCAGAAACAGGCUGUGC